AUGUUCGAAUCCUUCAGCUUCGCCGCCGCGUCGCGGCACCCCUCCUCACUCGACCCGGACGACUACGCCUACCCGGACGUCUCCCUCUCGCCCACCUCGUCGCCCAUGUCCGAGCAGAGCUUCCCCGAAUCCUCCAUGUCGGUGGCCGAACUUUCGCGACGCUUCGGCGCCCAGAACAUCACCAGCGAUCUCUCGCAGCCCACAUCGCCCUUCUCGCUCCCUGCGCCGUGGACCGAGCACGACGACUGGACGUCCACCUCAGCCUCGUCACCCACCUCGUCAUACUUCCCGGACGACGCGCUCCCGGAUCCUACCGCCAUCCGCUCGCGCAGACAGGCGCACACACAACUACAGUGCGACGCCGCGCACAUGCGCGACAUCUCGUCGCUGGUCAAGAAGAUGAUCGAAUCAGGGGACCAGUGCAAGCUGGCUCCGCGCAACGACUCGGUCGUCUCGUCCGAGUCGUCUGGCGACGACGCCGAUGACGAGCCGUACGACCUUCCUCGCAGCAACAGCUCGCCGGCCAUCUCGCAAAACCUCCGGUACAGGCGGUCGGGCGAGGUGCUCAGCACGGCGGCCGUAUCCAAAAACAUUCGCUUCCGCAGGCGUCACGCCCGCAAGGUGACGAGCCACAGGUGA